UUACACCAGGACAUGCCCGUGCACUGUUUCUUCCCGAUUCGAAACAUCACAUAAACAUCGCAACAUCACACGAUCUAGUUAAUCAAUCACGAACGAUCUAUUAAAAAUAGUAUUUCUGUGAAUAACGUCUUGCCACAAAAUCGUAUCGUAGCGUCAUCGUGUCAACUGUGCCGAACACUGAAGAAAUUCUUCAAAAAAUCAUUCCAGAAAUGGCUCGCAGUAGCACUGUAGACAUGGACCCCGAUGUUGCUCGGAGGCUGUUUGAGGAGGGGGCCACCCUGGUCCUGCUUGGAGUCCCUCAGGGCACAGAAUUUGGCAUUGACUGCAAAAGUUGGAAGGUUGGUCCACGCUUCCAGGGUAUUAAGAUGAUCCCCCCAGGGCUGCACUUUCUCAACUACUGCUCUGUCAACCCACCAAGCUGUGGAGGAGAAGUGGGCCCAAAGACCGGCUUGUUUCUCAGUCUGAAACCAAGAGACCUCCUAUUGGCUAACUGGAACCCCAAAGAAGAGGAUUUUGACUUCUCUGCCACCCAGAAUGAGGAGGAAGUGAGCAGAGUCCGAGCAAAUUUGCAGGAUCUGGACCCAUACCUUGGGCCUUAUCCGUAUGAGGUGAUGAAGAAGUGGGUGUCCCUCACAGACCGACUGAGUGAGGAGGUGGCCAAAAACUUGCAGCCGCUCUCUGGACGGGUAUGUGCCUUCAGCGACGUUAUUCCCGAGACAGAGUUCCGACACACAAAGGACCGGGCUGAGCAGCCGAGGAACGACACGGCCUGCCAGACCAUGAGGGAGGGACUGGACAGGCUUCCCAAGAUGAAGCAGAGGGAGGGGACACAACUACGCUUCUCUGUCAUCCCAGAGAAGACUUACCCAGCAGGGGCCACACCCGCCCAGAUAACCCAGUGCAGCCUGGACUUCACCUACGCCCUGGAGACUGUGCUCAACGAGAACCACCAAGAAAGGCCUCUCGACCUGCUUGGUGAGCUGCAGUUUGCCUUUGUGUGCUUCUUGAUGGGAAACGUGUACGAGGGCUUCGAGCACUGGAAGCGCCUUCUGAGCCUUCUGUGUCGAGCUGAGACGGCCAUGCAGAAGCACAAGGAGCUCUACUUGGGGCUCAUCGCCGUGCUCUACCACCAGCUAGGAGAAAUCCCUCCUGACUUCUUUGUGGACAUUGUUUCUCAGGACAACUUCCUCACCUCCACUCUGCAGGACUUUUUCCAGAUGGCCAGCGGACCCGGAGUGGAUGUAGCGCUCCGCAAAAGAGCGGAGAAGUUUAAAGCCCACCUGACUAAGAAGUUUUCCUGGGAUUUUGACGCAGACUUGGACGAGUAUUCGCCUGUGGUGGUGGAUCUUCCCGAGGGUUUUACUGUGGACUGACUUCGCGUGUACUAAAAGAUCAGUCAAGCUCGAACUUCCAUCUCAGAUAGUUGUCCCUCACCAAGUUGGGGAUACACAUGUUUAUGUGGCUCGAUGUGGAAGCCUGUAACAUUGUAAAGUUCAUACUUGUUUGUAACUUCCUGUCUAUAUAUUUUUCAAAAAGUAGGUAUUCUUCCUAAGCCUUUUUCUGUAAAUCUGGGAAGAAAAAUAAAAUACAUGACUAAAUUGAUCUUUGCCUUUAAUAUGGGUGAACUUCUACUCUAAGUAAUGGUAAUUAAUGGACAAUUUAUGAAAGGACAUGUUCAUAUGAUCAGUGAUGCUUCUGUAGAUGUAAACAGAAAUAAUGGGGGUGGGGAAAAAAAGUUUGGUUUUUGAUUUGCACAAAAAAAAAACAUUCUUCCUGUUACGCUCUGCAAAAACGGUUAUGGAAUUCAGGAACAAGCAUUUUCUCUUUUCUAAGGUUUUUUAUGAAGAGGUUGUCGUAACAGCUUCUGGCACCAGAUGGCAGAAUUGGACUUUCAAGAACAAAUUGUUUUUCAACUCUAAUUUUUUGCUGUCAGUGCUCUGCAGACUGACUGCCCUCUUCUGUAAAUUUUGAGUAAAUUCGAUAUACUGUAUAAAAAAAUUGCUUAGUUGAUCUACUGCAGCGAUUACCAACCGGUGGCUCUCUCGUAGUCUGUGGUGGUAUUGCAAAUGUCCCGCGAAAUUGGAAAUGGAAAAUAAUUAUUACAUUUUUAAAAAUAAAAUGGAUUUCUUA